AACGCGAAUCAUUCUCGCGGCGAUGAAGACGAUCCGAGCGGAAGAUAGGAAGCGGGAUUGAGCGUAACCGAUGGUCGAUAUUCGAGAAGGAAUUUCACGAUUCCGUCACGUUUUCGCCUGGGCAGGAUUAAAAAGCCGCACGCGGAGAGAAAUCGUUGCCACUCGUCGCGGUGGAAUAUCGUCGUGAACCGCUGAGCGCAAACUCGACGUUCCCCUCGGAAGAAGCGCAUUAUUGCGUGUGCCAACUCGAUUACAGGCCAUUCGACGACGUCCUGUGCUCAACGAUUAUACGCCGAGCGAUCGCGGCUGGCUGCCCCGGAAAUCGAGAGAAAGAUGAUGCAAAAAAGAGUGGCCGCGCGAAAGCUCCUCUUAAUGAUAUUAGCGGCGACGUGCAGCAUCUCGAUCGUCGCAUCAUCGACGAGCAGGGAAAGGCGGCACGUCGGCGUGGAAGAGGCCGUUCAUCGAGCGGGGAGGACGUUGGCCGGCGACAGCGAUAGUUUCAAGUCAUCGACCGGCAGGGACAACGAGAUAACCACGGAAGUCGGAAGGAAAGUGUCGCACAGACUGAUCGGGGGCCACUUGAGGGGGGAGGAGAAGACGAGAACGCAAGAAGCGUUCUGGGACGACGAUAUCCUCUCCUCGUCCUCUGGAAACGGGAAGGAGACGAGGCCCGGCCGCAAAGACGAGGACGACGAGAAGAAGUCGCUCUCCCAACAGGUGAAAGAGGGGAAAUACGGGCUGAUCCAGAACGAGAUCUACGGAUCCCCGAAACGGCCGGGGAUAAUCAGCUAUCUGGGUAACCCCGAGGUGCCCAAGGACACGAUAGAGAAUCUGGGCGGUCUCGACGAGGAAGAGAUCUGGUUGGCCGAGAACCACGUGCUCGUGUUGAGGGGAGGGAAAUUUCCCGGCCACGAGGCCACGCAAAGCAACGGCGGGGACAAUGCGCCUACCUGGCCACCGAUCGACGAUUACAAGGCGCCCAGGAGACAGGUCAAGAUACCCUCCAAACCGAAGGUUCCGCCACCGUUUCCGGUACAACUCUCGGAAGGCGGGCCCGUACAGAUCAUCGGCCCGAACGGGACCAAGGACGUGGGGAACGGGACCGUCGACUACAGGGACUCGUUUCUCACCAAGGGCCUAUUGUCGGAGGAUGGGCCGUUUUUCACGAUCGUUGCCAACGGGAGUGUCGUGACGUCCGACUCGAGGAACGCGUCGUCCGAGGAUGGAAAUCUGAGCGAAAAGGAGGGGUUGCCCGACGCGUCGCCACCUGGUUUCCCACCUUUUUAUCACGCGAUACCGCCCGGCGCGGUCUUCGUACCGCCGCCUAGCAACAAUCAGUCGGAUUACGACGAGGAGGAUCAAUCCGUUUACUAUCCACCGCCCUAUAGCUUCCAUUAUCAGCAAGAUAACGCGACCGCGGUACCGCCGGGCCCUUUGGUCCCUGGAAUCAUUCUGCCGCCCCCGCCAGAUUUCUUCUCAGCUCUCGAGGAGAGCAAGAAGACCACGACGAAGAAGUACACGAAACGACCCGAAACCACUCCCUCGCCCAGGCCCAGGCCCACUUACCUGCCACCCAGAAAACUCACCACGAAACGGUACAAGAGUACGACGACCACGACGACCGCGGUGCCAAUCGUCGAUCAUCGUGCGUCGGGUGUGACGAAAGUGUUCGGUAGGAUAAUCUCGAGAAAGAACUAUACGGAUACGAAACCGUCUGCCGGCCCAAGGACCGAAUUAAGAACGGUCCCGUACGUGGAAGUUACGACAUCGACGCCCGAUAAAUCUACCACGCUCGAGAAUCCGGAAUUCUUCAAUAUUGGCCCGUUGGCGGGGAAUCAGGUAACGAGUGGGGGGGAGGGCGUGGAGGGGAAGAAGGAAGCUUGGUCGGGCCUGGUAACGAGUAAAACGAUUCCUGUAAUGGCCUACUACGCCACGUCGACGCAGUCCACCUUGGAGAGACCCGUGGAAGUGACGCCGGCCUCGAUAAAGAGUAUCAUUACUACCGGCAAUCCGCAACGAUCGCACAGCCAAGCAUCGUACUAUUUUUACGAGGAGUCGAACGAGCAACCCCUCCGCACCACCCCCCCGAAUCCGGUUUAUUACGAAACUACGACGGAGUCGCCGUUUUACGAGACUCGACCACACGGUAUCGAGGAGAGGAGGAAGCAAUAUUACAGGGUAGAGGCGAUUCCGUCGCGAGAGGAGGAUGUCAGGUUUUCAGGCUCGCCGGUGAAAAAUUCGGGACCCAUUCGCUACGGCGAGUCGACGAUCGCGCAAAGUUCGUCCAAGUACGAGAGCAGCUCGGCGAGAGCUCACGGUCAACGCAUGUUACCUGAUCACGUGCCUCUCUACUAUCAGACCGUAUCCGCCCGGCCACCACCCGUUCAGCCUUAUUACACCACCUCGAAGCCGGUACAGGCUUAUUACAGGCAGGAGGCGAAACCGAAGCCGAUUUAUCAGUACAGUUUCGAAGCGGCCGAUUAUUCGAAGCGAGGCGGUAACCGGAGGCAGCAGGGCAACGCUGCAUACCGGAACGAUUAUCAAAACGUUCAAAUUGGGGGGAAUUAUAACAAUGGGCCUAGAUACGACUACGAGGAAUCGGUUCCCCAAAAGAGAAUCAGGACGGAGGUGUACAAGAAUCAGCAUCCGAUCUUUCAAUCGAGCACCGCUCACUCGGUGAUAAGCACUACGGAAAAUCCUCAACAACGUUAUUACACUCGCCAGGAGGAGAAGUUGCUGGACGAUGUCACGAAAGAGUACUUCACGAUCUUUGGAAAGAAGAUCGGGAAGAAUGUACCGAGCACCACACCCUUGUACCCCAAAUUGAAGAGCGUCACCGAAACACCGAGUUACAACGUGAAUAGUUACGUGGAGAAUUUCAAGAGCCCCGAACAGUCGUACAAGAUACCCAAUGUCAAAGUGCACUACGGGGAUCAGUCUCAAAAGCCGUACUCCCUCAAAGAGGACAUUCUCGUCAACGAAAGGCAACCUCUGCCCCCGAUCAAUCCCGACAGCGAGUUUAUCACCGUGGUCGACCACCAGCGACAACCCUCCAACUAUGGUAUACACGACCAAUCUAGGGACAAUCAAGCGCUGGCACCGAUUCGCGCCUAUCCGUCCCAGCCGCUCGUGAGUCAAAGGAUCGGCCCACCCAACAACAACUACGUACCGGUCGUCGAGUCUCCCGAAGAAUUGGACGACGUGGCCUAUCCCCAACUACCCAUAUCACUGGAAGACGACAUCAAAGUGAACUAUCGGGAUCCACGACCCACGAUAAAUCCGGACGCAGAGCUCAUCGAUCUGGGGGACGAUAUAAAAGUGAACUAUCGGGAUCCGCGACCUACCCUAAACCCGGACGCCGAAUUCAUCGAGCCGAUCCUCCCUGCGCGCGAGAACCAGCCGGAAAAACCGAAGGCCUAUUUCGCGUACCGAUUGCCAGGCGAUGGCGGUCACUUUUACUUCCUAACGCCGCAGGCGAUCACGCAGAGGCCGGAGCAGCGUAGCGCCGGCCACCUCUACUCGAGAGUGGGAACGAGGCUGCCUAGACGUCGACGGAGGCCGGGCAACGUGUGAUACUUUGUACGCGGCGAGGCAGCCAACGUAAUGCCAUAUACCAAUCGUCGAGGACGCACGAUGGAAAUGCGUGUCAUAUAGAACGCAACGCGUGAAUCGAACGACGACGAAACGUUUCUGUACCGUUACUAGGAUAUUUAUUGUACGUGUAAAUAUAUAUAACGUGUAUCUAUUGUAUGUAUGAUUAAGAUAGAUGAUUAUCGACGCCUCGUCUAUGCUAUAUUAAAUGCUUAAUUUAUGCGAUCUAACUCUAUCCCUGCUUUAGAUACGAUAUAUAUAUAUAUAUAUGCGUGUGUUGUAUGUAUGUGUGUGUGUGUACGUGCGUGUGUGUAUAAACGCCGCUCGUGUGCGACGAUAGGUAAGCGCGGGUCCUUUUGAAAGACAGUCGUGUACUCGCGCCUUGUCUGUGAUUAAUGAUCGAUAGUAAACGCGUUAUUGUGUACAUAUAAUUAUGAUUGACGAUAUUUAGAUUCUGUCGUAGAGCGCACAGAGUGCAUUUUUAUAAAUCGUUAAACAGAAUAUGUUAAUAACCGAUGCAUGCAUGGAAUAAACUUUGUUUGUAUCACCAAGUUUCCUUCCUUGUGUAGAAGAAAAAAUAUCAAUAAAAAUAUUACAUAUCGAUAA